CAUCGAGUUGGUUCAAAGCUGAGCCGGGCCAUGUUCAUCUUUUCCGGCCCGGCUAAUUGCAACACUCAGUUGGCCCAUUCAUACCGCCUCCUUACGCCUUUCUCUCGAGUCUCGAGACUUGCACGGAACGGGAAAUCUGUGAUCGGAUAGGAUCGGACCGCCCCAAUUUCUUGGUUUCCUCGUCCGAUUCUUGGAGAACAAUGGCCAGGAAGUUUUUCGUCGGCGGCAACUGGAAAUGCGUAGGCUCCCGUUUCUGAAGAGCUCUCGAUCGAUGAUUUCAUUUGGAUUUGAUUUCUUCGCUGUUCACGGUUGAUGGAGCUUCGCGUCGCUUCUCGUUUUUCGGAUUACUUCUUCGACAUCUCUGAAUCACCUGGUCUGUGGUUGUUCUACGGUUUCCGAAACGUGAGGACAAGGGGGGUUUUGAAUGGGACAGUUGAACAAGUCAAGAAGAUCGUCACCGUCCUGAACGAAGCUGAAGUCCCGCCUGAGGAGGUUGUGGAUGUUGUUGUGAGCCCUCCUUUUGUUUUCCUUAGUUUGGUGAAAAGCUUGCUGCGAUCUGAUUUUCAAGUUGCUGCACAGAAUUGUUGGGCAAGGAAAGGAGGUGCUUUCACAGGUGAAGUUAGUGCUGAGAUGCUUGUAAAUCUGGGCAUUCCUUGGGUCAUUUUGGGUCACUCUGAAAGGAGGCUAUUGUUGGGUGAAACAAAUGAGUUUGUGGGAGACAAAGUUGCAUAUGCACUCUCUCAAGGAUUAAAGGUGAUUGCCUGUGUUGGUGAGACACUAGAGCAGCGAGAAUCAGGAUCAACUAUGGAUAUUGUUGCUGCACAAACAAAAGCAAUUGCAGGCUGGAUAUCCGAUUGGAACAAUGUUGUGUUAGCCUAUGAGCCAGUUUGGGCCAUUGGAACUGGCAAAGUUGCAACCCCCACUCAGGCUCAGGAGGUACACACAGCUCUAAGGAAAUUGCUUCAUGAUAAUGUGAGUCCUGAAGUUGCUGCAUCAACUAGGAUUAUAUAUGGAGGUUCUGUAAAUGGAGCCAAUUGCAAAGAACUGGCAGCACAACCUGAUGUUGAUGGGUUUCUUGUUGGUGGAGCUUCCUUGAAGCCAGAAUUUGUGGACAUUAUCAAGUCUGCUACGGUUAAGUCAUCUGCAUAAGACGCUGGAUUUGUUCAUGUUUCAACACUUGUGUGGCGGAAUCUUUUGUAAAACUAUGAACGAAGCAACAGUGGCAGGGAAAUGUUAUAAAGCUAGUUCUACUUUCCCGUUUUGCUCAAUGAUACCUGUAUUGUCUCCCACAAUUUAGCUCGACUCCAAAAUGAGUGGGACUUGUGGCUUCUUGUUAAUGACUUUUCUUCUUGUAUGGGUUUUGGAAGAAGGGAUUUGAUUUGAAUGUAGAUUUGGAAUAACAAUUUGUUUUGAAUCCUUUAGCAA